UUGGAUCAGCUGACUGUUCAGGUGUAGUCAUGAAACUGAUACUGUUUGGUAUUUUACUCUUUGUGGAAUGUAAAGCGUUACCAACGAAAAGCGCCAGGUUCAAAGACAGUUACCUGGAUGAUAUCUCGGUGGAGGAUGUUGUGUCCGACUUGGCCAACCGGCAGAAAGUCGUCGUCAGGGACUGGAAAUCUGACGUCGUCUCAGUGUACAAUGUAGAGCACGACAGAGAGACUAAACUCCCUUAUGUGACGGAUCCCUUGACAGCUCUUCCUUAUCUUCUAUAUCUGAAGGUCCAGGAGUGGGAGCCUCAACUGUUUCGUAUGAUUAGAGGGAAAAACCAUCAGUUUGUAGUGACGAACACUGGACAGGGAGGUUUGUACAGACCAGUUAUUAAUAGACUGGGGGAAGUGGAUUUGAAAAAGAUAUCAGAGGAGGAAGCUGGAUUCACUACAAGUGAAGCAUUGCAGAUUUAAAAUCACGAUGAUGAUAAAACCUUCGAGUAUGGGUAAAUGAAUAAUUUGUUAUGAUGUACUACCAAUGAUAGUAAAUUAUUGAUACGAAUCUUCAAGUUUCAUGGACGUUUUGGGUUAUUUAAAUUAUUUAAAUGAUAAUAAUUGAGUAUUGAAAUUUGUUAAACA